CGCGCGUUAUCCCAAAUGCGCAUCUGCUCAACCAAUACACGGAGGCCGGUGACCCUGAGGCAUCUGAGUUUAGAACGGCGAAGUUUGUAUCUCUGGAAGAGGCCAAGAAGGCCCUCAUCAAUACAUUCGUCCGCCCAUGCAUGGUCGGCGAUCACAGCGGUCGUCAUCAACCCAUAAUUUUGGUUGGACACGCUAUUGACAAUCUUCUGGAGCACGUCAAGGCAUCCUUUGGAGUCGAUCUAUCGAAGUUGGGAACCAUCAUCAAGUUCAUUGAUAUGCAAAUUCUCGCCAAAGAUGCACUCGUCCAUAGCCCAAAGGGCCCCCAUCAUUAGCCUCUCAGAUCUGCUUGAGUAUGUCAAAGUUCUUAUCCCGAAUUAUCACAAAGCAGGCAACGAAGUAGCGGGCACCCUUAUCGCGGCCGUGCUCACAUGCCUUCGAAACGACAUCUACAUGCAUGGCGUGCCAUAUGCUGUAGUUGUGAACUGCGACAAUCAGGAUGUUAUCGAACAUUUCCAGGCGCUCGGCAAGUCACUCCCUCCUCUGUCUUGGGGCCAGCUCAAAUUAUGCACGAAGUGCGACCGGAACAACCAUGUGCGCUCCGAAUACUGUGCGCAGGUCUUGUGUAAUACUUGCGAGAACUUGGGUGCCAUGAAGCUCUUCAAAGCUCGUAAGACGCACCACAUGGCGAAGUGUUUGUACGAUUGGAACGAUGAACUUUCUCUGAAGUUGCCCAAAAACGUGACAGCAGGCAUGAAGAGAGGAUAUUCAACCCUCAUUGAUGAAGAUUUCAUCCUUCCUGUCAAAGGGGCAUCCCUACUACCAGCUAUGUGGGAUAUGCAAAUGAUGGCCCUUCUCUCAGUCAUGGAACGUACCGAGAGGUAGUGGAUGAAUUUGUUUGAGCAAGCUGGUCUAGAGAUUAAAGGGUUCUACCAGCCGCCGGGUGAUGGCACGGGUAUUAUAGUAUUGGAUUUCAUAGGAUAAGUUAGUACACCAUAGAAAAACGCG